UUUACUGUUCGAAUAGUUUGAUUCACAGAGUCGAGCAGCGUGUGGAAAUCGAAAUCCGAGCUGCAUGUGAAGGCAAUUUUUUAUAGAUCCCACUGCGUCAUUGCUGGGAAGGGACUAUUUCUGGACUGUGCAUCGGACGGACACAGAGCGAACUGAAGCAUAACCAACAGCAACAACAACAGCAAAGAGAAGGCGAACAACAGCAACAACCAGAAGUUGACAAUGUUUUAGCACAGUGGUGCAAGUUACAUAAAACAUCUGAAGUGCAAGUGUUUUGCACCACGGCGCACUGACGUCAGACUCGCAAAGUGGAAGAAAGAGUGAACAGAAUAGAAAGUGCGAGAGAGGGAGAGAGAGAUAGAGAGAGAGAGAGAGAGAGAGUGUGUGUGGCAAAGGAGAAGUAGAAGAAGGAGGAGGAGCUGCUGCUGCCGCCGCUUUGCGCGCUUUGCAAAACAAUUGAUAAGCUGAGCAGCUGAGUCAAGCCAAACUCCAAGUCGAGUUCGAAUUCGAGUUCGAGUUUGCCGUCUGCAGUCUAAAGUCGAACGGAAUGCAGCGCGCACGAUCAUCGAGGGAUUUACGCCCAGUUACGCCCGGCACACCAGACUCGGCGCACAUCUUACUGGGAGCGGCUGGUUACGUUGCCCACGAGCGUCGCCAGCAAACAACGACGCAGCAGCAGCAACCGAAGCGACUGAUGAACUGUUUUCGUGAUCGCACCGUGACGUCAUCGACGAGUGCAUCCGGUGGCCAAUACAAUCGUACGCAUAGCUCGACAAGCACAGCACAGCUGUUGCGCAUAGAAAGCUUAGCCAGCUCCAGCAAUCAUGUGGAUCAGUGUGGUCGACCCGAGGCUGUUGUGCUGCUGCGGGAGCUGCGCACCAAGCCAAAUAAACUGACGCUGUUGAAGAGCAGCAGCAGCAAAGAUUUGACACGACUGCUGCUGGAGGAGAGCACGGUGCUGGUCUCGAAUACGAGUCUGGAUCAAUGCUCAUCCUCCUCGAACAAUUCGACCAAUGCCAGCGCAAGCGCCAAUGCCAAAUGUUGUCCAACUUGUGCCAAGCGCUGGCAAAAUCUCAAGCAGCGCAUGUAUACGCUGGAACAGGAUCUGCAGGCGCAGACCAUACACAGCCAGGAGCUCGAGCAGAAGGUCAACGAGCUGACACGUCAGUUGACGGAGCUACGCGCGCAGCCACCACCACCACAACCUAUCCAAACGCAAGGGAAGCGUCCGGCUGUUGGUGGGCCAGUGCGUCCCUCACGGCUGGUUGCCUGGAUGAAUUUAUCGAACUGGUGGAAGAGUCGUCCCAGCGUUGAAACGUUGCGGGAGCAGCGCAUCUUCUUCGAUGAGAACUGUUUCAAUACGGAAUUGGAGCUGGUGCUGAAGCACGAACAGCAUCGGACUGUGCCACGAAUUAUAAUCGAUUGUUGUGAUUUAAUAGAAACGAAAUAUAGGCAAUCCACACAGCCCGUAGAGGGUAUUUAUCGGCAGUGUGGCGACUAUAAUCGGAUACAAACGUUGCGCUUCAAUAUCGAUGCGAAUGACUAUGACGCACUGCGUCAGCCGGACGUCGAUAUACACACACUAACUGGCGUCCUCAAGCUAUUUCUGCGCGAGAUCAAGAGUCCACUGGUUAGCGUCAAUGAGGCCAAAACGUUUAUCGGUCCGCCUAAUCAAUGGCUGCUCACCGAGCUGCACCAGAAGCUGGACACACUCAAGAGACUGAUACGAUCACUGCCCGAGAUCAAUCGCGACACCAUGGACUAUCUGUUCGCCCAUUUCAAUCGGCUAACAAAGGUGCCAUUGCAGCAGAUUAGUGCCGAGACGUUAUCGUUAUCGAUAACACCAACCAUAUUCCACACCGUGCCACAGGGCGUUCACAUGAAUGACAUACAGGCCCUGCUGCUCGAGGGCGAAAUGUUGGCCGAUUGCGUGAAGCUAAUGAUCGAGUAUCAGGGUCGCAUAUUCGAGUAAGUGCACCCGCCAUCGUCAUUGUCCUCCCUACCCCACCUCCUAUUCUCCCCCCACGCAAAAAAAUAAAAAGAAAGAGGAAAAAGGGAAGCUUUUGUGCCUGUGGUAUGUUUUGGUGUUGGUAUUCCGUAUAUUCAGCUAUAUAUUCAGCUAGUAUGUCUCAUGCUCCUCAGUAAUGGCCGAUAAACUCAUUGCUAAUGUUAACCAAAAUUCAAACCAAAUCGGUACCUGGUCUCCUGUCUCCUCUACACCCCCACCCCCCUCCCUCUACACACACAGAUGUACGGCCGACCGUGGAUUGAAGCGACUCAGUGUCCGCAAUCUGAAGAAGACGCUCUCGCAACCGGAUUUACUAUUUCAUAACAUAUUCUGAGACAACUGACGCAGCUGACCAGAUCGAUGACCACCAAGAAGUCCUUCAGAUUUAAAUGUACAUAGUUGCAUUUAGGACAAAAAUAAAUUCAAUUAAUCAAAUGAAAAGAAAACAUUCAACAUUAUUUAGCUAGUGGAGAAGUAGGGAGGUCCUUCCAGCAAGCAAGAACUGGCGAUUUGUAUGCACAUUAUUAUCCUGCGAUAAUCGGUCAUGAUUUGGUUAUUUAUUUUUUAAGGGACAACUCUGCCAUAAAAAGUCCUGUGUAACUGGAUCAUUCCAAAGACUAUUCAGAUGUCCUUUGGAUCGGAGAUAGUCAGUGGCCAGCCAAUUUGUGCUAAGCAAUAAAAACGACGAUAGUCCUUCAAGCAGCUACAGUAAAAGGACCUUUGUUUAACACACAAAAUUGCUCACAACUCGGUCAUAUUCUUGAAAGUCCCAAUUCAGCAGUUAUCUAUUGAUAAGCUCUAUCAGCUGGCCAAAGGACAUCCGAAUCAUCCUUGUGGUUUCUGAGAAAACAAGGAUUUACUGAUGUCAUCUCAUUUCCCUUCGACUUCAAGUGUUUGGGUUCUUCGAUGACCUCUGAAUCCUUGAAUGCAGUACGAGAGAACUGAUCCUUGUAAUUGCAAACGCACUAUGAAAUUUUCUGAAAUAAAAAAACCAUAAUGCAAGUCCUUUGGACCAUCCGAAAAGUAUGCUCUCAAAAUUUGAAUUUGCUAAAACUGGUUUUCACUGUAGAUUUUAUUGUUCACCCUAAAAAUUUGCUUAAAAUUAUACACAAUAUGAGUAUAUUUAAUAUUUUAUAUAGAACAGCUGAAUAACAUUCCAUGAUUUUCUUAUAUGUCAAGGAGGAGGGGGAAUGGGGGAGUGGGAGUGUGGGGUUUGGGGAAGAGUCUAUAAUUUGUUUGACAUAUAUUUAUUCGUACAGUCUACGCGUCUAUGGA